GAUUCUGACUGCGCUAUGAUAAAUUCUGUGAACCAUGCUAAGGACUCAUUUCGGCGGUUAACACAGGCAAACAAUAAUGACAAAAAUGGCUGCCGCAAGAAGUUUGGACAACACUUACUCUAACGAAGAAGAUGAGUCUGCUGUCUUGCUGGUCCAUACUGAGUAUGGCAAAGACAAAGUUGGAAGCUCAUUCCUACACAGACAGGUCGCAGAAACAAUCAGGGAGUCAGAACCAGACAUAUCUGUGUUCAGUACUGUUUUACAUGCAACUGAAAAGGACAAACAAGAUGCACAACAAGAUGGAGUGGAGCUGAUACUGCCUAAAGUUGAGCCAGGUGACCCAAGGACUGACCCAACACCAGACUGGCUGACAUUUGAUCAUCGUUCCAAAUACCCAGAUCUUCCUACAAAGGUAAGAAGCAUUGUGGGACAUGCUGAUGUCACAAGUAGGGCUGCACUAAACAUAAAACAUGACCGUUGCCCAGAAGCAAAAGUCGUUCUUAUUUAUAAUGACACAUCAAAAGAUACUCAGGGGAAUGAGAAGGUUGCUACUGUAAAUAACUCUGCCCUCCAAAAUGCACAAGAAGCUGAUGUGGUCUUCUCUGUUGGAAACAAGGUAUUUGAUCACUUUGAGAACCAGUUCAGAGCUAUAACUGACAAGAAGCCAAAGCAUUUUGAGUUUCUACCAAGACCAUCCAAGAAGUUUGAGCACACAAAAGCAAUCUACAAAGAAACUAAGACACUGGCAGUCCUGUCUAUUGGUAGAGUGAAGAGUGUCCACAAUCUGAAGGGACAUGAUCUUGUUGUCAAAGCCUUAGACAUUGCAGCUGUAAAACAAAAUAUGGAGUGUGGUAUUAGAGGCAUCAAUGAAGAAGACUUCCAAGCAAGUGAUAAGGACAUUCUUAAGACACAUUUCAAGACAACACAUUUGAAGCGAACCCUUCAUCCGUAUGGAACACUGACAGACCUUCACAAUGACAUGUUGAAGGCCCACCUUGUGUUGAUACCUUCUGAAGAAGAACCAUUUGAACUUGCAGGACUAGAUGCUAUUGCUGCAGGAAUUCCUGUCCUUGUUUCCGAUAAAUCAGGACUUGCAGACUUCAUGACCAAGAUAUCACCAGAGUUCUGUUAUUCUGUUGUCAACAUUGAGGGAAAUGAUGAGGACAAAGUAAAGCAAUGGGCCAAGCGUAUCGAACAGUCACUGAGUAACUGUGAGACAGAGUUUGAAAGAGCAGCAAGAUGUCGGGACAAGCUUCUGUCAGUAAAGUACUGGGAAGAGUCUCAUCAGCAGCUCAUCUGCAGCUGUAUACAGACAGAUGACAGAACACAACAGUCAUCUGAAGUCAAGAUAGGAAGUGCACCCCCCGUAUCAUUAACUGAUAGCAGAAAACCAUUGCAGUCAGGUGGGUUGUCCAGAGAGGCAGGACAUUCUUCAGAUAAAAUAGACACUGUGACUGAAAGGGCCAAUCAGUCUUGGACUGAAACGACAGAAACACCUGCCCAAGGAGCUUCAAUUUUGUAUCAAGCAGCUAUACCUCACCUUGUUGAGCAUUCCAAAAUCGCGUCGCUGCGUAACACGGUAAAACUCCGCCUCACCAACCUGCUCCACGAUAGGCCUGGAGAGACGUUUAACCUCCUCUUAGUUGGACUGCCAGGCUCGGGCAAAUCCUCCUUUAUCAACUCGAUGAUCAUGGCCGUCACUGGAAGUUGGAGUGAUGUGGCCCACUACGGUGCAGGGAACAGAACUGUGACGAGACGCCUGGAGAGAAUUGUCAUGUUUGAUGAUAAUUGCAAAGAAGUACACGAACCACACCCAAUGCCUGACUACAAGAAGAACAUCGUCUUCUGGGACUGUGGUGGCUUUCCUAAUGCCAUGGAUGAAGUGUACUCUACGAUCGUCUCACUGGCACUUGACGGCCGCAUACCACCCGGCACCAAUAUGGAAGAAUGCAUGGAUCAAACCCCGGAUCAGCUCCGAAGGAGGUUCAGCCGAGUAGAUCGCAAGGUGACGUUUGACCGGAUCGUUUUCAUCUUAUCAGCAAGCCAAAACGUUCCGACCCACCUGGUGGAAGCUGUCAAGUCAGGAGCUCGGCAAGGCCACGAUGUGCCUAUCUUCGUGGUGGUGACCAAGAUCGACAAGUGUCCCAACCAACACGAUCUACAGAAGCGUGUUCUUGGUGCCCAGGCCGCCUUUAACCUCACAGGGAGCCAAGUGCGAUUCAAGUUGACUUCGCUGUACUGCGAGGACCUUACUCUGUGGCCUGACCCAUCCGACUACCGAGUUAUGAAGCCAGAUGCAAAAAUCGACAGCAACUUGCUGAACAUUUGGAUGAGUCUGACCGAUCCGAAUAUCAAGGCCAUACCGGCUCCGCCCGAGCCCAAAAGGAUCCCCCCUGCCAGACCGGCUCCCGCCGAAUAUGAAUAUGUGCCUAUCUUCGUGGUGGUGACCAAGAUCGACAAGUGUCCCAACCAACACGAUCUACAGGAGCGUGUUAAGGAUGCCCAGGCCGCCUUUAACCUCACAGGGAGCCAAGUGCGAUUCAAGCUGACUUCGCUGUACUGCGAGGACCUUACUCUGUGGCCUGACCCAUCCGACUACCGAGUUAUGAAGCCAGAUGCAAAAAUCGACAGCAACUUGCUGAACAUUUGGAUGAGUCUGACCGAUCCGAAUAUCAAGGCCAUACCGGCUCCGCCCGAGCCCAAAAGGAUCCCCCCUGCCAGACCGGCUCCCGCCGAGCCCCAAAAUAACCCGGCUCCGAAUCCGCCACGGCAAGGGCGGUGGUGUGUUCUUUCGUAA